AUGGGUGACUGGAAUGCUGUUGUAGGUGAAGGAAAAUACGGUAGAGAAGUGGGAAAAUAUGGACUAGGUCAAAGAAACGCAAGAGGAGACCGAUUAGUGGAAUUUAGCAGAGAAAACAGUUUCUUGAAAAACGUGGAAGUAGUUGAAGAUCUAAAGAAAAACAUGGAUAAAAUAUACAGCAAUAAAGAGGAGCGAAAAGAACCAAUAGACAAAAGAUGGGAGAACAUAAAAAGCGUUGUAAUAAACACCUCAAGAACCACACUAAGUGUGAGAAGAAAAAUACCUAGUCGGGAAUGGAUCACCCCAAAUAUCUUGGACCUAAUUGAGGAAAGACGAAAAUACAAACACCGGGCUGACAUGGAAGGACAACUAAAAUAUCGAAACAUAAGAAACCGUAUAAACAGAGAAUCAAAAAAAGCAAAAGAAGAAUGGCUAGAGCAACAAUGUGCUGAAAUAAACCAUCUUUUUGGAACAAAUAGGCUAGAUCAAGCCUAUGGAACCAUUAAAAGUUUCCUCAAAACAAAUAAAACUCGCAAUAAUAAUAUUAAAGACAAGAAUGGUAAAUUGCUCUUGGACACAAGAGAGGUGGUAAACCGAUGGAGAGAGUACCUUGAAGAACUUUAUCAAGGGAAUGAGUUACAAGAUAUCAAUGAAGAAACUAAUGAGUGCUCUUAUGGUGCACCGCUACUAAGAAGUGAAUUUAAUGCCAGUCUUAGAGAUUUUAAAAAUAAAAAAGCCCCGGGAAUAGAUGAAAUCCCCGGAGAACUACCACAAAACGCAAAAAAAAGUAUAACGGAAGUUAAAGAUAAACUUAACAGACUUGGGAUUGGAAUCAAAGUAGGUGGUAUAUUGAUUCCAAUGAUCCGGUUUGCAGACGACAUCGUAUUAUUAGCAGAAACAGAGCACGACCUUCAGAGAGCCCCGGCAGAAAUGCAAAUAAUUAUAAAUAAGUAUCAAAUGCGUAUAAAUUCAGUUUCUAGUUUUAAAUACUUGGGAAGUUUAAUAACAUCAGACGGAAAAAGCUCGCAGGAAAUUAAACAAAGAAUCGGGCAAGCAAAGGCAGCUUUUAUCAAGAAAAAGAAAAUUUUGGUUUCGCAAAAAAUUAGCAGAGAAAUUAAGAAGACAUUUUUAAGAACGUUUGUAUGGAGUGUAGCUUUAUACGGCUGCGAGACAUGGGUCAUUAAUGAAAAGGAAAAAAGAUCCCUUGAAGCAUUCGAAAUGUGGUGUUGGAGACGUAUGGAGAAAAUAAACUGGACAAAAAGAGUAACAAAUGAAGAUGUACUGACCCAAGUUGGAGAAACAAGAUCCAUAAUUAAAGCCAUAAAGCGACGACGAUGGGACAUGAUGGGACACGUUUUACGCCAUGACGAAGAAUUGCAUCAUACUAUAAUAGAAGGUGCAAUUGAAGGACGAAAACCACCAGGAAGACCAAGAAACUCGUACAUAUCUCAACUGAAGAAUGACGCAGGGAUUGAUACUUACUUGCUGAAGAUCGUGAUAAAUGGAGAGCGAAGUUAA